CAUCUUGCCACAAUUCUGCAGCAAUGUGGCAGCCCCUAUUAAAAGUCGACGUCUUGUCGACGGGGAAAAGACGACACAAUCUCAAUCCUUUAAAGUUUUCUCUUGUCGCGAAUACCCUCCAUUCUCAUCAUGGCACCAUCAAUGUUGUUAGAUGACUUUAUAAAUUCCCAAGCCACUACGAAUGCCAGUUGCAACAGAGCUGGGCAGACCGACGCCCCUAUCCCAGCGACGACGACGGGGAGUCUCCCAUACACCAUCCGUGAACAGCCAUUUGGAACUAAAAAGCACAUGCGUGUGGUCAUAAUGGGGGCCGGUAUCUCAGGACUCAACCUGUUCAAACUGGCAGAGGACAAGCUGGAGAAUGUCGAUAUUGUGUGUUAUGAGAAGAACGAUGACAUCGGAGGAACGUGGCUAGAGAACCGUUACGCUGGUUGCGCUUGCGAUAUUCCUAGCGUCAACUAUCAAUACUCCUGGAAGCCUGCAAUCUGGUCGAAAUACUACUCUGAAUCACAAGAGAUCUGGGAAUACCUCAAGUCGAUCGAGGAAGAAAACAAUUUCAUCGAGAAGUACGUCAAAUUAAGGCAUCUCAUUGUUGGUGCGGCGUGGACAGACGAAGAAGGCAAAUGGAAGUUGACAGUAAAGGACAUCGCAACUGGGGAGGAAAAGACCGACUAUUGUGAUGUCUUUCUCAACGGAGGUGGUGUUUUAAAUAAGUGGAAGUGGCCUACUGUUCCAGGCCUUCAUGACUUCACGGGGAAGCUCAUGCAUUCUGCAACCUGGGACCAAUCUUAUAACUUCACCGGUAAGAAGAUUGCAGUGAUCGGCGCUGGAAGCAGUGGAGUCCAAAUUGUGGCAUCCCUCUACGAGAGAUUAGACCAUCUUUAUACCUGGGUACGAAGUCCAACAUGGAUUACAGCUGGAUUUGCUCAAGACUUCGCGGGUAAAGAUGGCAGAAACUUCUACUAUAGCGAAGAGCAAAAGGAGCUCAUGAAGACCGACCCGGCCAAAUACCUGGCAUAUCGAAAGAUGAUUGAGAAGGAAUUAAAUCAACGUUUUAGCCUCAUCAUCAAGAAAAGUGAUGAUGCCAAAGUCGCCAAAGACUACUCGGACAAGGAAAUGAGGAGGAGAAUGGUAGAAGAUCCAGAGUUGGCUGAGAAGAUCAUCCCGAAGGACUUUGCUGUUGGGUGCCGACGUCCCACACCUGGAAAUGGUUACUUGGAGGCGUUGGCGGGCAAGAAAACGACCUGCUUCACCCAGACUAUCAAGGCGGUCACUCCAACAGGCUUCGUCGAUCACACGGGAACCGAGUAUGAGGUUGACGCGAUAGUCUGUGCAACUGGUUUCGACACCUCUUGGAUCCCCCGAUUCCCUCUCACCGUCAAUGGUAUUGACCUGCGUGACACCUGGACUAACGAGGGCGUUCUCUCAUACCUUAGUGUUGCUGUCCCAGAAAUCCCCAACUACUUCUCCUUCUGUGGUCCAUACGGCCCUCUCGCACAUGGAAGCUUCUUCCCAGUUAUCGAGAAGUACACUGACUACAUCAUCAAAGUCAUCAUCAAGAUGCAAGUCGACGGCAUUCGAUCUUUGUACCCAAGACGAGAGGUCACCCAGGACUUUAUAAAGCACUCAGCCGAGUUCUUAAAACGCACAGCUUGGACAGAUCCAUGCUCGAGCUGGUUCAAAAACGGACAACCAGGCAGCAUACCAACAAUCUACCCUGGUAGUCGAGUGUCCUUCCUGAGACUCUUGAAGGACCCUAGAUUUGAGGACUUCUACAUGAAGUAUGAUGAUGAUAAUAGGUUUUCGUUCCUCGGAAACGGCUUUGCUCUGGAAGAGAUUGAUGGCAGCGAUAUGACUUAUUACUUGGGUUCAUUGGAUGAGGAGGUUGAUCAGGAUGCAUUAAUAUCAGUAUUGAAGGGUACGGCUGUAGGUGUGGCAGCGACAUAA